AUGGCAAGCAUGGGAGAAGCACCAAUUGCUCAGAAUCAAAAGCUUAUAUGCACCGAGUUUCCACCAAAUAUCAAUUCAAAUGGCAUUUGGGAGAGCUUGAGAGCUACUUCUGUUCUUAAAUAUACAUUGCCAUUAUUGCAAUUGCAGACUAUUCUUAUUUUCUUCAUCACCCAAGUUUGUCAUUUUGUUCUCAAGCAUUUUGGGAUCCCAGUUAUCAUUUCGCAGCUUCUUGCUGGAGUGAUCCUUGGUCCUUCUUUGCUUGGGAGCAACACCAAAUUCAAGAAACUUCUUUUCACAAUUAACAGCCAAGAUAUACUUGGCACAAUAGGCACAUUGGGUUACACAUUUUUCAUUUUUCUAUGUGGAGUGAAGAUGGAUGUUGGUAUGAUAUUCAAAACAGGAAGAAAAGCUUGUGGGAUUGGUAUUUUAUCACUGGCUGUGCCUUUAGUACUUGGCCUCAGUAUUGAAGUUGCAUUGGAAAAUUCUUCUUUAGGAAAAAACUUGCCUGAUAACCUCUACAUUGUAACAUCAAUACUUUCUGCAACCCCAUUUCCUGUAAUUUCAACUCUUCUUGCUGAUCUCAACAUCUUAAAUUCAGAACUCGGCCGAUUAGGAUUAUCAGCAGCAAUGAUAGGUGAAAUGGGUACUGUAGGACUAUUCAACCUAUCUAUCUUGAUUACUGUUGGCAAAAAUAGUUCACUUCGUGUGGCUUUUAGAAGCCUUGGGUGUACCAUUGGCUAUAUUGUUGCAGCUGUUUAUGUCAUUAGACCUGCAAUGCUUUGGGUGGUGAAGCAGACACCCAAAGGAAGACCCGUGAAGGAUGUAUACAUCAUUGCAAUCUUUGUAUUGGUUUCUUUGAGUGGAAUUCUUUCUGAUUCUUUUGCUCAAUCUGUUUUCUUUGGGCCAUUUAUUCUUGGUUUGGCUAUACCAGAUGGACCACCAUUAGGAUCUGCAGUGGUAGAGAAGCUUGAUUGUAUUGUUUCAGGUUUUUUUAUACCACUAUUUGUUACUACAUCAGCUAUGAGAGCUGAGUUUGGAAUGCUCAACUCCAACAAAGACUUGAUAACAGUUGAAAUCAUCCUUAUUCUUGUGACUUUGAUGUCCAAGAUUGCGGCUUGUCUCAUGGCUUCAUUAUGUAGUAAGAUGCCUCUGAAUGAUUCUUUAGCACUUUCCCUCAUUAUGAGUUGCAAAGGCAUUGUUGAGUUGGCAACCUAUAACUUCUUAAGAGACAAUCAAGUUGUCAAUGGAGAGACUUUUACUGUGCUGAUCACAAGUGUUGUAGUCACAGCAAGCAUUAUUCCAAUGGUUAUUAAAAAACUUUAUGAUCCUUCAAGGAAAUAUGCUGGCUACCAAAAAAGAAACAUCACAGACUUAAGGCCUAACUCGGAAUUGCGAAUGCUUAUGUGCAUUCACAAUCCUGAUGAUGUCACUGCUGCAACUAAUCUCCUUGAUGCCUAUUGUCCAACCCUUGAGAGGCCUAUUACUGUUUGCAUUCUUCACCUAAUCAAGUUAAUUGGCAGAGCUUCUCCAAUCUUUAUAUCACACAAUAUUCAAGUCAAGAGCUUCUUUCCCCACUCCUACUCUGAGAAUGUUAUCAUAUCAUUCAACCAAUACCAACAAAAAAAACUAGGAGCUGUUACAAUAAACAACUUCACAGCAGUCUCACCACCAAAACUAAUGCAUGAAGACAUAUGCACUCUUGCAUUAGACAAACUCACAUCACUCAUUGUCCUCCCGUUUCAUCGAAAUUGGUCCGCUGAUGGUUCUAUUACUUCUGAAGACAUCACAAUAAGGAACUUGAACUGUCAUAUCCUAGAGACAUCACCUUGCUCUGUAGGGAUCCUUGUGAACCGUGGUCACCUUAGACGAACCAAAACGGAGCAGUCAAGGCAUGUUGCUAUGAUCUUCUUGGGAGGUAAUGAUGAUAGAGAAGCAUUGGAAUUUUCAAAACGCAUGGCCAAAGGGUCUAGUAUAAACUUAACAGUAGUUCGUAUGGUAGCUAAAGACCACGAAGGAAUCAUAACUUGGGAUGAAAUGUUAGAUUCUGAGGCAUUGAAGGAUGUUAAGUUUAAUAAAGAUAGUAGUGUUACAUACAAAGAGAAAUUGGUUGAAGAUGGACCUCAAACUGCAUAUGCAUUAAGAGGAAUGGUAUGCAAAUAUGACCUUAUUAUAGUUGGGAGACGAAAUGGCAUAGAUUGCCCACAAACAGUUGGACUUUGUGAAUGGAGUGAAUUUCCUGAGUUGGGUGUUUUAGGAGAUCUACUUGCAUCAUCUGAUCUCAAUGGCAAAGCUUCAAUCUUAGUUGUCCAACAACAACAACAGCUCACUUAG